AUGAGCUUUGUGCCGGCUGCUGCUGGCGGCUAUACCGCUGUCGGGUUGGGUGGACGGAGCGGGAGCAAGCGCAAGGCGCUGCGGUCGGGUGGACGAGCUGCGGUGGUGCCGCUGCGGAGCCGGGCACGACGGGUCCAGGCGAGGCUUGCUGCGCUGGAGAUGAACAAUGCAAAGGUCCAUACGGAGCUGGAGACGCUGCCGCUCGACGGCGGCGCCGACAUGGUCUCGUCGGUCUACGGGGUGGCUGGAAAGAAGGGUGCGGCCAAGGAUCGUGCCAAGCAUCGGGCCAUUGUGCAAGCCAAGAGGAACUACGGCAAGGUGUUUUCUCGGUAUGUGGCCGAGCUGGGUGGCUUGCCUGACGUAGCCGCCAGCCACAAGCCCAACUACCUCACGGUCCGUGCCCGCAGCUCACGCGAGCCACCGCGCGCCUUUUGCGACGUUUGCGGACUCAUCGGCCCGUACACUUGCACCGUCUGCGGUGUACGCUACUGCCAGCUUGCGUGUCUUGCCAUCCACAGCGAGUCGCGGUGCACGAGCUACAAGCGGUAA